CCGACGGGGGUUGGAGCUGUCCCGGGAACUUGGUGCGCUAGUCGGCCGGACGCUUUGGUGCGCGGACCCGAGGCAGGCGCAAGGAUUUUCCUAGCAGCACCGAAGGCCAGCCCGACGCAAUGCGUCGAAGCUGCUGACGCAACGCGCCUGGAUGCGUCUCUCUCUAAGCACGUUACCACAGCUUGCCGUCUUAGCGAAGAUUUUGUGCCUCCUGAUGGUGGUGAUGUGCGGGGCGGUGCCGGCGAUGGUGCGCUCCGUGAGUCUCUACUCGACUUGCAGCAGCGGCAACGUUACCGUAAACGGCCGCUCGGUGAGGGCCAUGGUGGGAGACGAGGAACACGCACCUUAUCAGAAGCUGACGACGCAGUCCGAAGACUUCAGCAGGAAGCUGUACAUCUUCGCCGAGAAGACUCAGCGAUACAUCUGCUUCAACAAGCGGUGGAAACUCGUCGGCCUGCUGAAGAAGCAGCGGGGCCCGAUGUGCCAGUUCUACGAGGAGUACAACGGGGCGUACCUGAGGUACCGCAGCGCGGUCGAGGGCACGCGGUACCUCGGCUUCAACAAGGUGGGCAACCCGAUGAAGAACCCCCACGGGCGGCAGGGGUGCUUCAACUUCAUAAAGUACAACCCGCACUUCAACAUCACCAACCACAACAAGCGGCUGACGCUGAGCACGGGAGGGGAGCCGCGCUCGCCGGCGGAGUCGCCGGCGCCACGUAAGGCGGAGCCCUCGACCCGGGCCAGCAAGAACUCCCUGCCGCAAGGCCCAGCCAGGGGCCCGGGGGCCCACAGGGUGCGCCACCGGCACUGGCAGGCCCGCCACGCGGACUCCAGUCCCCGGAGACGGCCCGAGAGCCGCCUCGUGGGGGUCUCCGGCAAGUACUGAGCCGCCGCCGCCGACCCCGAAGACUGCCUCUCCCCGGGUCGGAGAGGAACCAAGAUGGCGUCGGCCCGCGGCGGGCUAGGCCCUCGCGCCAAACGCUGUGCUAAUGCUGCUAUGUAGUGUGUACGCGCAGUUGUCGCCUCGGGCGUCCGAAAGGGCCGCCCGGCCCCGUGUGUGCUGGCUGUGUGCGCUUCGCCGAGGGACCGCUCGCCGCCAUCUUGGGCCGCCUGGCGUCCUCCACCGGCCGCCAUCGCGGCCUUGUACGAUAUACCCCGUUCAAUGGACUCGAUAUCUCUAGGACGCUAACGCAGACUGUAUUAUUAGGAUAUAGGUACGACAUGACGCGGUGGCGGCCCGAGGGCCUCCUCGGCUGCCGCCUAAGGAGCGCCCCCCUCCCCGAUCCGCUCCCUAGGUAGCUUAUUUAUUGAAGACCUCUAGCUAAUGUACGGAACCGUCACCCGCGCGACUCUUACCCCUCGUGCGUGUCCGGAGCGACACGCUGCUCUCUCUCUCUCUCUCUAUCUCUCUUCUCCUCCCUCGCCGCCCAUCCACCUCUUCGACCGCCGGGAGCGACCUCCAGUGGCGACCGAGCCGAAGAGUCGAAUUCCCGACCCCGGUCCUCGCGGACCUUGAAAAUACUCAUCGCCAGUAAUUAGUUUAAAUUAUUUUUAUUCGACGUCGGAGGAGGGCCGAGCGACUUCCUCGGGGACCUCUCCGUGGCUAGGCCCUUCUCCGUCCCUAUCUCUCUCUCUCUCUCUCUCUCUCUCACCUCGCCUCAUAUCUGUCUCUGUCCUCCUUUUCCCCCAACGAAAUUUCCACCCCGCGAGCGAUUCUCUCAUUUUCCGAGCGACCUUACCAGUACGUACUUUUGUACACCGAGUUACCAGAGAAGUAUUUCCGCCUCGAGCAACCGCUGUUCGGACCUCGACCUCGGCGACGAGGUGCGCCGACCGCGAGGGAGAACGUCUCACUCCGACGCUUGUAAUUUAAUAAGAAAACGCCGAAAACUGAUAAAAAAGAGGGAAAGAAGCCCGGGUUAUUCGUCUGCCGCGGUGCCGGGAAAGCUCGCCGGGUCUCGGUUUCCCUAAGGACGAGGCGCGGUGACCUCUUCGCGGCACCAGGAACUGCGGGACUUCGCGAGAGCCCACGGAGCGAUGGGAAACCAGAAUCUGACUACGCUAGAUAGUGUUACGUAUACAUUAUAACGAGGACGACGAACACGAGAAACAAGAGACAAGGUAAAGUAUAAAUAUUAUAUAUAUAUAUAUAUAAAAGGUAAAUAUAUGAAAGACGAUGUGUAUUGUAAGAUAUUUAAUACCGAAGCGCGCGUUAUAGGGACACUCGGGAGGACGUCGUUACGUACGACGUACGACAGCACCGUUCGCGUUGUAACAUAGGUGCGUACUCUUACCCUGACCUCGCCCAAUCCAUGUACUUCCCGACCCCUUCGGAUCGAAGCUCCUAGUCUCGACGGAAAAUCGGAAAAUGAAAAAGGAAAGAAGACGAGAAGAUAACGUGGAAAAGGGCGACGAGUCGCGCCCGCCGCUGGGGCCUCCUCGCGUCGCGCUCUUCGGGGUGUAAGACAUUCCCCUAAAUUAUUGUCCUAUUUGUAAAAGCCACUCGGAGCUCGGUGAGAUAUGUGCCCAUAAUUAUGAAAGUGGUCUAAGUCAAAAUUGAGAAAAAAAAAAUGAGUUUAUCGGUUAUUUCACGCCACAUUGUUUCAAACGAAAUUAAUUCAAUGUAAUUUCGAAACAAAAAAUAUAUGACUUAGACCACUUUCAUAAUUAUGGGCACAUAUGAUCAAAUUGGACUGGGUGCUUCGAUUCGAGCCCUCUCCCGUAUACCUCUCGAGAUCGAUGUGUCGAUGUACCUGGGCGUGAAAAUAACUCGAUCGCAGGCGGUGCGACGUGCAGGUGUAACGUGCGUGUACUCGUUAUCCUAUGCACCGAGAAAUGAAUUUCAACGGACCGAAGAAGUGUCUCUCGUCAGUUGACACUAGGUUUACGGGACCCGUCAAUUUGACGGAAUUCAAACUUCGGAAAGAAAUACCGAAAGAACCAU